AUGGCAGACAGAGUCUAUCCUACAGCGAAACCGGCUACCGCGGCCCCCGCCACAGGAGCCAACCCCGCCUUCCCGGCUACUAAGGCCCAACUCUACAGCAACACGCGCCCAGCCUACCGUCCCCAACCCCACCACCGCCGCCGCAGCAGAAGCCGCUGCUGCUCCUGCUGCCUCUGGAUCAUCUUCCUCAUCCUCCUCCAGCUCGUCAUCGUCGCAGCCCUCGGCGCCGCCUUCUACGUCUUCUACCGCCCCCACCGCCCUUCCUUCUCCGUUACCUCCCUCAAGCUCCAAACCUUAAACUUCACCACCAACUCCCACCUCACCUCCAGCUUCAACCUGAACAUCACCGCUCGAAACCCUAACAAGAAACUCGUGUUCAUCUACAACCCCAUGGCCAUCUCCAUCUUCUCCAACGACGUCGACAUCGGCGACGGAAUCAUACCUUCCUUUGUGCAUGGGAAGAAGAACACGACGCUGUUGAAGGCAAAGAUCGCGAGCAGCGGGAAAGAGCUUCAGAGCAGUGAAGUGAGUGCUUUGAAGGCUGACAUUAAGAGCAAAAGUGGGCUGCCAUUGAAGGUCAGGUUGGACACUAAGUGA